AUGUCUACUGUUUACUUCAUUACUGGUGGUAACCGUGGGAUCGGUUACAAUCUCGUUGAACAAUUGGCUACUAGACAAAACACAAAGUUAUCGCCUCAGUAAGAAACAUUGAAUCAGCCACUGCCUUGAAAGAAUUGCAAAAGAAUUAUUCCAACAUUGAAAUAUUGAAUCUUGACAUCUCUUCUGAAGAAAGUAUAGAUGCGUUAGAUGAACAAUUACAAAAAGUUGCAAGUGAAGGAAUUGAUGUGUUAAUUUCAAACGCAGCAAUUGCUCAGGCUUAUUUUACUGUCAAAGAUGCACCUCGUUCUGUUUGGUUGCAACACUUCAAGACAAAUGUCUUCGGACCUAUUUUCCUUUACCAAGUUGUACGACCUUACUUUUUGAAGAAAACUACCAGACAAAUCGUAUUCGUUAGUAGUCUUGGUGGGUCUGUCGGAGGUUCGCUUCCAUUCUCUAAUUCCGCUUAUGGACAAUCGAAGGCGGCACUAAACAAAGCUGUUAAACAAAUCAGUCAUGAAGAUGGACCUGAAGGCUUCACCGUUAUAGCCAUGCAUCCAGGUAUAGUCUCUACUGAUUUGGGUAACUCUGCAUUUGCCCAAUUUGCCGAGGGAGCUCUUGAUUCGAUUCCACCUAUGGUUAUCACUCCAGAAGUGAGUGCAGCCAAGCAAUUAGAAGUCAUUGAUGGAUUAACUAAGGAAAGUAAUGGUAUUUUUUACAAAUAUGAUGGCACCAUUGCUCCAUAUUAA